AUGGGCGGUGUCGAUCUCCACGACUGGAAUCUGUCUAAAUACAACAUCGCCAUCCGCGGGAAGAAGUACUGGUGCCUCCUGACCCGAAUGUUCGGCAUGACAGUUGUGAAUGCAUUGAUGCUCCACAAAGUCUGCACGCCCAACGGCAAGGCCCAGCUAUCGCAGCUGGAGUUCAGACGGGAGAUCGCCAUCUCCUACCUGCGAUCCAGCAGUCGGAGCUCGGCCUGUCUGCCGACCUCGCCAGCCCUCGUCCCUCAGAGCACGAGCCUUGGUGCUGAAGAAAUCGCCCUCAUAGAGCGGGCAACGAAGGGCCAGCGCACCAACCCCAACUGGAGUCGCGCCCGAAAAGGGCGUCUCACGGCGAGCAACAUCGGAGCAGUGUUAGUAGUGAGAGGACGAAAGCCUUCGGCGUCCCUGCUUAAAACGCUGACCGCGGGGAAUUUCCUAGGGAGGGUUGCUGCUAUUCAGUGGGGCGUGACCCACGAGAAAGACACGAUUGAACUAUUUGAGAAACACUUUGAUGUGAAAGUAGACCAGUCGGGAAUAUGGCUACAUGAAUCGGGGGUGCUCGGAGCAUCACCAGAUGGUAUGAUCGGUGCUUCCGAGAUCAUCGAAGUGAAAUCGAAGUGGGGCACUCCUGGUCACCUAAUAAUGGGUGGCGGAGUAGUUCGAAAAAAAUGUCCCUUUUCUGCACGGGGUGGCCUCUUGGAUGAAAACCAAGAAUACUACCUGGAUGCUACGUGCGACCCUGGCUCCACAUACUACCACCAGGUGCAGGGGAAUCUAUGCCUGACUGGUCGGGAUGUGUGCUAUCUGGUAGUGUGGGCGCCGGGCGAAAUGGUUGUGGUCACCGUUCGUAAAGAUCCGGCUUGGGCGCAAAACCUCGACACGCUCAUUGCAUUCUUUGAUGAGCAUAGGCGCCCUGAUAGGGCCGUGACCAGUGCGAACAGUCCCCUGCUGUUAUGUGUUUUACGUGAGGGUGAACCUAGCGAGGAGUAGGACGCAGAAGGUGCUGUGAGGCGCCUUUCCUUUCUCGUAGCUUCCACAUUGUUAGCUGCCUCGACUGGUGCUCAGGGAUUCUGGUUGCGAUGUGAGUGACAUAUGGCU